AGAUAGUGAAAGGUGUGUACGGUGUAGUUACCGCACAAACAUGGCUCCACAUGCUGAAGUACUGGUGCUAUAACCUUGAUUCAUCAACUUCUUCGUUAGACACAAGCCUAAAAGAGCAACAUGCAGGCUGCUAUGGACAUCACGGCAAAGUAUUGCCACAAAGAAAUGGAGGCUUAUGGAUCAUGUGUGGCCUCCAACCCAUCAACAUGGCAGCAAACGUGUCAUGAACUGAAGAUGAAGGUUGCACAGUGCACAUCAUCACAUCCAGUGAUCCAGAAGAUAAGACAGGGCUGUUCCUCAGAGUUUACAGAGUUUGAACGCUGUCUUAGAGAAAACCAGAACAAUCCUACCUCCUGCUCACCACACGUGGCCCGCUUUCUGGGCUGUGCAGAGACAGUGGACCUCAGUGGAGUGGAUGCGGUACCUCAGCCAUCGUAGCACUCAUCUUCCAUCACCUUCAGCUUACUCCUGUCUCCACAGCAGCACAAAUGGACUGAUUUCACAUGUAUUCCAGCCGCUUUACUCUGUGUAUAGUGACUGACAGGAUAUCUGUUUUCAUCUGUAUGACUUAAAGCUGGGCUAGGCAGUCUUAUUUUGGUGUCACUGAACAAAAAUCCUGUAAUGAAUUUGGAGCAUAUUGUAAUUCAGGUGGACUGAGAGAAAACUAGACCUCUGCAUCCCCUCUUGGCUCUGUGCAUGCACAUCCCUUCAGUGAAAGCCUGAUUCAAAGAGUCCUACAGAGAAAGUUUCUUUUCCAGCAUUGGCAACAAUACUGCAAAGCAACCCAAAAAACAAAGACAGAGUUAUCGAAGAGAGUCUGCCAGUAAACAAAAUAAACACGUGUCAUAUCGGCGAAGUGUUUUCAGAGAUUGAGAGAAAAUGUUGCUAAUAGUUUAGCUUUCUGUUAACAGGGGCCAAAGGCUCACAACUGUGGCUUCGCAAUCAUGUGUAUGUUGCUAAUAUUAGUAUGCUAAAGCCUCCAAUCACAGUGUGCCCUCUGCAUCAUUCCCUGUUGCUACAGACCACCUCACCUGUAGGAGAGCUGGCAGCAGCUCUGGAUACGGACCCUCAGUCAACGGCCACAGCAACUUGAAACCUACCAGUGCAAACCCCAGCUUCAGGGGACCAGACAACCACGACCCCCUGCUGGAUCAGCAAACUUUCUGUGGCUUCCAUUACACAGGUUGGACCCGGUGCUGCCGCUGGCCACCAGCCCGCUGUGACAGCCGGCAUUGGGAAGUUUGCACUGGCUGAAAUUCUGCUGCUACAGCUGCUGACUGAAGGUCUGUCUCCCAAGCUCCUGCCAUCUGUCCUUGUGAAGCAGUCCACAGCUGCGGUGAGCAAGGCGGAGGCACUGUGAGGAAGCUAGCUAGCUAAUUCUUGUCUCGUUUGUGGGUAGAGUUGGGCAAGGAGGGGCUGAGCAAACAAAUUACAAUGAAAUAUGAUUAAAUAAAUCACUAUCAAAAACACUGAUACUGUAUAAGGUGCGUGAAUAUGCCUGUGACCGUCUGGUGGGAGGGGAUUAGGACAGAGAGGGAGGAGCUGCAGGAGGAGGGUCUACUUUAAAAUACUGCAAAGUUUUUUUGCCUUUUCCAGAUUUCUGCCUGCCCCGGCCUUUAUCUGACUAUUUGUCUUUCUUAAACAAAAAUACAGAUGAAUGCAAUGGCACUGUGAAUUAGACAGUUUGUGUAGAAUAUUUAAUGACUGCAUCAUUUUUCUUCUCGUACUCUUCAUGUGAAAAUAACAUUUCUACUUGCCUGUAUGCAGGAAGUCUGUUUUUUACAGAUUUUUAUUGAACCAUCUCAUUAAAAUUGACAUCAGACUUGUAUUACUCAU